AUGCUCGUCCUCCCCGCGGCGGGUCUCGCGCUCCUCGCCGCGCUGCCGCUGCGAGCGGCGGCCAGCUCGCGCUCGAUUCAGGCCGACAACACGAGUCUGGUCACGAACGGGAGCUGGGUCAACGACGGCUCGGAUAUCUUCGGCGAGCGCCAGCUCUCGACCAACCAGACCGGCGCCUCCGUUGCGCUCAUCUUCACAGGCGAGUCACACAGUCGCUUGCAGGUACAGGUCUUCGCCGCGCUGCCCCAGGGCUCCGCGACGGCUACGAACGUCUCGUUCGCCAUCGACGGCGGCAAGCCCACGUUCUGGAUCGUCUCCACGAACGACGACAUCCAGGCGGACAACAACGUCCUCGCGUUCAACUCGACCACGCUCAACCCUGGCGCGCACCGGAUCGUCGCGACCAACUUCGGCGCCGCGUUCCACCUCGUGUCGCUCAACAUCACCACCUCGCUCGUCCGUGCCGUCUCCCUCACGCUCAUCUCGGGCACAAACACGACUCCCGACAGCUCCGACAGCUCCGACUCCUCCGACUCGAGCACGGACCCUGCGCUGUCGGGCUCGGGCGGCGGCGGCAUCCUGCACAACAAGACGGCGUCGAUAUACCUCUUCACCUUCGUCGGCGUCGCGAUCCUGCUCGUCGCGAUCGCCAGCGCGUGCUUCGUCUCCCACCGCCGGCGGAAGCGCCGCGCGGCCGCGGCCGGGCCCGUGGACGGCGCGGGUAAGAACUGGGUCAUGGAGCACUAUCUCGGCCUGAACAAGGUCAAGGCGUCGCACAUCGCCGUCGUUGAGGCUCCUGCUGCUGCGAAGAGGCCGUCGCGACAGGGGUCCCGCGGCCAGGACAUCGAGAUGGGGACGGGCGUCGCGACUUCGCUGUCCAAGUCGUCGCGCGCGAGGGCACAGUUGUCGCCGGAAGACAACGCGCCCGCGGUGGAGGCGGGAUCGAUCGAGGACGGGUCGCAGGAGGAUCUCGUGCCGCACUCAAAAGGUGUGAGGUAG